GUUGUUAGUACAUACUGCUGCUCGGAUUCUCGUCACGAAUUUUGAAUUCGCGCGCGAUGUGAAAAAUACAGAUAAAUAAUUUUUUUAUAGUCUGUGCUCUGUGUUGUGGGUGAAAUGAGAUUGGAAUAUAUUAGUGUAGUACUGUGAUUAGUGGCUGUUUAUGCAAACGUUGAGUGUUGCGAAUGAGAAUGCAGAAGCACCGAAAAUCAAGAUAACACCCAGCCAAUUCAAAAAACAAUAAUGACUAUAAACUUAAGUGCGUUAUGUGAACAGCAAACGUGUCGCUAGUGCCAAAACAAUGUAUUGCUGUAAAGAACUAAAGCUACUCUAUGCCACUGUCGUUCUGUUGCUAGAAGCGGAAAUGUUAGUGAACACAGGUGCUAUGGAGUCUAAGUCUUCCAUUUACGUGACGCAAAAUCCGAACGAUUUGACCUCGUUGGAACUGUGCGCGGCUAGAAAUCAGCAGAGAUUGGGCAGUGUGUUUGGUAAUUUUACAAGACAUCAUAAAAAGGGUCACAGAAGAAGGACAACAUCAACGAGUACAACCACAGAACCAGCAAUGUAUUCAACAACAGAUGGUCAUACCAAUGCCUACACAAUAAGUGCAUAUACCACUACACAUCCAAAACUACCCAAACCCCUUCGACUAUCCGCCACUCUAUUAGAUAAUGAUUAUACAGAUAAUAUAGAUAACAUAGAUAAUAUAAUUGAAGAAAAUAGAGAAAUUAAACGUGAUAAACAUCACAAACACGACAGACUAUCAGAUAAAGAAGUAGCGUUAGAAAUGGAUGAAACAGAAAUGUCGAAAUCAUUGAAUAAAGUAAAGAAAAUGUAUAGAGAUUCAACUGCAUCAGCAGUGAAUAAAUUAAGUGGUAAAAGUAGUAAAAAUGGUAUAUUUUUGACUGAAAAUUGUACAACAGUUAUAGCUCAAAUAGGAACUACAGCUAUAUUGCAUUGUGAAGUUAGCGAUAUUACUGAAAACACGGUAACGUGGAUCAGGAGGAAAGACUACUCAUUAUUGUCUGUCGGGUUAGUGACGUAUAGUGCGGAUAGCAGAUUCUUCUCAGCUCAUGGAAGACAUGUUAAGGACUGGGCGUUGCACAUACGCUUCGCGACAUCAGCUGACGCGGGUUACUACGAGUGCCAGGUACCAACACAUCCGCCGACGAGCAUUUUCUUCAAGCUCGUUUUAGUUGCGGCCUACGCAGAAAUUGUCGGCGAGUCCGAGAAAAUAAUCCACGAGGGUUCCAUGCUGAAGCUGGUGUGCGUCGUCAAGAGGUCCACAGAACCACCAUCCUAUGUGUUCUGGUAUUUUGAGAACAGGAUGAUCAACUAUGACUUGAAUGGCGUAAGCGUUCACAACGGGAGGCACACAAGCGAGCUAGUGAUCGGCAAAGCUGAACCUCGUCACGCGGGGAAUUACACUUGCGUGCCAGCGAACGCGCGGGCUGCCUCCGUCACCGUACAUGUUGUUCAGAGUGAAACCCCCGCGGCAAUGCAGCAUGGUAACAACGUCUCGACGAAGAACUAUACGCAGUUGUAUGAACUUUUAGUUGUAGUACUGUCUUUAAGUAUACUAUGUAAACUGGCUAGGGAUAUUGGAUAACGACCUGUGUACAAUUGUUUAGAUGAUUAUUAUGUAAUGUUUGUUUAUUUGUGUUUUUUGGUGGUUUAAUAUUAUUGUGUUGGUGUAUUCGUUACGAUUUAUAUAAUAUCAAAGUGACAUAUACUUAGCAAAGUAGGUAGUUCAUCGUAAGUAUACGCAGAAAUAUUCAGUUUAAAAUCGUUCUACGUAAAGUUCCUUAUUUACAUUUUUUUUUACAGAACUAGCCGUGUUCAAUAUAUUUUGUUAGGUUUCGCCUUAGAUUUUGCUUACAUUUCUUAUAAUUCAAGAUAUUUACAACACUUUUUACAACACGUUUUUUUUAUAAUAUUUGAAAUUUCAGUAUCGUUUGCAAGAAUAUUCCAAUAAUUUAGAAUUUUUUGUCCGGUUCAAAAUUGGUACAGAGAUAGCUUGAGACCUGAGGAUGGACAUAGGAUAGGUUUUAUCUCGGCAAUGCCACGGGGACGGGAACUAUACGGGUUUUUCUUUGACUACGCGGACCCAGCCGCUAGCGGAAAGCUAGUGUAGUAAUAUUUCCCGAAACCACGGAGCUUCUCAAUGCGUAGAGUAUUGCACGCCUCAUAAGCGAAGCGUUGAGGUGGGUACUACUGUCACUUCGCGCAAAACAUCUGAUUUUUCAAACUUAAAAUGUCUUUA